UUUGAAUUUGAAGAAAAGUGAUAAUAUUACAAAAUCAUUCUAACUAUUAUCGAACCAACGCGGCUCGAUCACGUUGCAUUUAACGGGUGGUAAAGGAACGGGCAUUACGGAGGGCAACGAUGUAGGUAAGAAUUCCCCUGGCCAAAGAUGAAUAGCAUCCAAAAAUAAGAACCCAAUAAGAAUACCGUGCAUAAGAGGAGCUAGAAUUCUUAACAGUCUGCUUCUAGGUGGUUUUUGCGGCCAUACAAAAAUUAAUGGAGAUCCAUCUAAUAAGGAUUAAAAAAUCAUUCAAUUUCGUUUUUCUCUUUUUGUAACUGAAUCUCCGACCUCCGCUCUGCCCAUGCAAUACACGAUCUUCGAAAUUGCGUUGGUAGUUGGCUCUUAUCGAGCCUGUGAUCGUACUCCCUGUGCUGUCUUGUAAAGAGACGCUAGUUCCGGUUAGCAGUGAACAUUUGUCGUCGUCUGUGUAACGGCUACUCAAAAAUGGGAUUUUUCUCUUUUACAGACUCCUGACUAAAUCGAAGGGUAACAUCGCUGUCCACCUCGAUCGGCUCCAGAUUUUUAAGCAAUUCGAUCUCACACGACACGGACGGAUCGAUUUCGCUGGGUCACAGAAAGCUUUCCCAAUGCAUGCUAAUUUUCUUGAUGCGUACAGAUUGUUUUUCAGAAAAAAAAAAUCGAGAACAAAUGUACGAUCUUGUGCGAUUUUUUUUUUUAAAUCGAGUCACCGCCAAGUUCAAUCGCUACACGAUACAGUUCAGAUUAGCGCGUGAAAUUGUCGGGGUUGUUUAAAAAAAUGCUCUUAAAGUGGUAUCAAAAUUCGAAAGACCAUGUCGUCAAAUGUAUCGCCUAUUUGUAACUUUUCGUCCGAAGAAUGAUGCAAUGCAAUGAAACGUUGAGGAAUCCACGAAAGAAAAAAAAAAUUAUAGUAACCUAAUUACAAAGUUCGCGUUUACUGGCGGAGACAAAGCAAGAUGUCGCGUUGUAAAUGUCCCAUACCAGAGGACGAUCCUUGUUCCGUGUGCUUCGAGGACAUCACGUCGAAGAUGCAGGAACGACGUUGCGAUCUUCUUGGUAGGCAGAAGUAUUUAAGGGACAAGAUCACGACGAUGGAACGAUCUAUACCGGCGUUAAUAGCGUACAAUAUGUGGACGUGCAAAAAGUGCGAGGAUGCACCGUAUUGCAAGAUUCGCGAGAUCAUGAGAAGGUUCUCACCUUACCCGGACCAAACCGAGAGAUUGCUGGACAACUUGAAGAGAACCGUGAAGGAAUUGAACGGGGAGACGGCGGAGUUGCAUGAGAAAAUUAUUCAAGCGGACGUUAAGUUAGAGGAAACGGAUAUGGAGUUGGAUUCAUUGGAACUCGUGAACAAAGAAAUGAACGACGCUCUGAACGAUCUGCAGAAGGAGGUGCGGAGUUACAAGUGUCCGAGCCUUCAUUCCAUACGUUCCGAGGACAUAAUUUGCUUGUCGAAGAUCCGUCAGCUGGCCGAGGAGGAGCUGAGCCUGAAGAAUUGUAUCAAAGAGCUGGAACAGAGGGAAACGAUAUUCAAGGAGCAAAUGGAUCGACUGUUAACAUCCAGAGAAUACCAAAAUGUUUGCGGUAGACGAAAGAUCAACUGUGCUCAGGAUCUAGAAUGCAACGGGAUGAAGAUUUGUUGCGUGCCUAAGAAAUGUUUGAUGCGUUCGUCAAACGAUUUUCGUCCGAAAAAGAAACAAGCACAACGUAAAAGUGACGCGGUAGUUUCUACUUCGGAGCAGAAUAUUAAUGAGAAACCAGAGCAGGAAAUUAAACAGGAAAAAUCCGGGGAUCAGGUAGAGAAAAAAUCCUCGUGGAUGCCGAACUGGUGGAAGAAUAAUGAGAACAAAGCGGAGGAGGUGUCGUCUCAAACAAAAAGUGUUACCUCGUCGAAUCCUGAAAACAACAAAAAUGAAGAGUCUAUCGGUGCAACACCAUCUAACUCUGAGAAAAAAGGAGAAAAAGCGAUUAACGAUAAACCAUCGAAACAAUCAAAAUCAAAAUUUUCAACCCCGUCUUGUGAACCUUGCGGACAUAUGACGUGCCCUCCAGGGACUUCUACAAAAUUGCCGCACCGUUCUCGUCCGUGCAUUGGUCCCCGAGAGAUUCAAAGUAUGAUGAAAAAAUCCUGCACAGGAAGAAUUUCUUUUUGCAAUCAGAGCUUCCCCAGAAGUUCCCCUUCGAGGAAGGGUUGUUGCGAAUUAUCGUCUUGCCCAAUCAUGGAUCAUGGUAUUCGUAAGAUGUGCAAACCAAUAUUGGUACCGCCCUGUGAUCUUAGAAGCCCGUGUGAAAUUUGUCCUUCGCCUUGCAACGGUUUUCUACACCCCAAAGGAAAUUGCAGGUGUAACUGCAAGGGUAAAUGUGCACUAGGACUGUCGGAUGCGGAGUGCAAUUGCAGUGAUGCACUGAACGAUUAUCAUCCAACUGGCUCACAGUAUUUAAACGAGGACAGUAAUAGCGAGGAUGAAUUUUGCGAAUGUUGUUCCUGCGGUUGCGAGGACAGCGAUGCAUCUUUGUCGUGCCAGUGCAACUGACCUAUUGAGAUAUGUUAUAUCAGACCUACGAAUGGAAAAAUUGGUACCGAAGGCUAUAAACGAAGGAGUUCGAAAAAUCUGAAAAAAAUAAGAGAAAAGGAAAGAAACGGUACCUUUGAUCCCCCAGAAGUGUACUGCCCUGUUUCAUAAAUGUUUUCUGCGCAUGCGAUUCUCGAUCAUACGUGUGUGCGAUCUUGCAUAAUAAGUUUUAUGUCUUAUACAGAAAGAUUUCUUUGUGUCUGUAUCUCGAUCGUAGUCCCUGGGAUGCCGGUAAAUUCGUUAACGAGAAACGGGCCCUAUGGAAAAUUACAGAGACCGUUACAAACAGCAAGGGACGGUUGAAACCCUUGAUUGUUAAGAAUGAAUGAAUGAAUUACAGAGAAUAACAGUGUACACUCAUAACAGAAAUGGAUUGUUCUAGAAAGUGAUUUUAAUUCACAUUUCGCAGGAAAAUUAACACAUGAAUGUACGUUAAUUCUGACAAUCUCAUGCAUGGAUCGAUAAGUUGAUUGUCUUCUGAUAUUUUUAUGGCUUUCUGAAAACGGCGCUCGGUUUCAACGAACUGGUAAACAGAAAAAAAGCCCAAGAAAAAACAUAACACUAUGGUUUUAACGUUUGGAAAUAAUAAAAUGAAAAGAAAAAAAUAAUAUUCGGGGUAUACUUGAAACUAUAUUUCAUCUUUUAUAUAUAUUUUGACGUUAUGCGCGUCAAUAAUACAUUUAAUUUAAAAUCAAUACUGUUUAUUGAUCGACAUUCGCAUUUAGCUAACCGUUUGAUGUUUGAGGUAGACUAUUUCUUUUCUUCUAAACCGUACAAUGGAUAGAGCGUUCUUCAACAAUGUUAUUGUGUUAGCAUAUGGAAGAACAAUGAUGGUACUGAAAC